CAGAGUAGAAGAAAAUAUCUUCUCUACCCCUCCCUGGAACCCCUUGUACAGGCGGUAAGACACAGUGGCAAAUAUUAGGUUCAAGACUUGUUGGAAAACCUUGGGAGCCUGAUUUUUAUGAUUCUAGAAUUCUGCUAAAAGCUGCUUAUUUCUGACUAUAUCCAGCUGGCAUCUGCUAUGUUAGAGAUACAUACGCAAGAUAAGAACAAGAUACAAAGGCAAGAAACUUCCGAGUCUAGCAGGAAAAUGGGAGAAAUAAUACAAGAGGAAGAUUGGCCAUCUGAAUGCAUUGAAAUUAAGCCGACUUAUCUGUCUUUGGAAACUUCAGGAUUUUUUUGCUCUUAGGUCAAGUCAUGUGAUUGCUCUGGGGUGUACCACCUCUAGAAUCUGUGACUGGUGGAACGUUCAUUCCUUAAAGUCAAGAUAUCAUUGGAAGUCAUCCAAUUAUUCUACUAUAAAGAGUGAACGUUUUCAUAAAGGAAGUCCAGGGUUACCCUUCAAGCUCUGCAGGUGAGUGACAAGUGCUGCCCUCAGCCACAGUCAUUGUGUUCUGGAGUCUUCAUGCCCACAAAGCCCCAUGGAGAGAGAUGAAGUCCAACCCCUUGCCAUUAACUUACAUCUAUCAACUGGAUCCUACCACAAAAAUUGGGAUGCUAGACUUGAGAGAGCACAGUGUGAUUUUUAACUCUUCACUAUCUUCAUCUGAUUCUGAUUCAGACAAUGAGAGUCAAGAAUUUAGGAGCAGCUUGGCUGAGUGGUUCCAACUUGAGGUUCCCCAUGAAAUUACAGAACUGUGUCCGUGAAGCAGGAGUCUUGUUGCUGGUGGAGGAUUUGGAUUCAUCCGGCCAAGUGAUCAUGGAGUAGCGGACUAUGAGCUCAGUUAGCAGAGUUUGCUGGAAUCCUAAAACCAAAAUAUUAGAACGAAAACAGAAGCAUGGCUCACCAUAUUUCAUUUCUUUGGAUAGUUUUGGUCCUGCUUCUUCAGAAUUCUGUAUUAGCUGAAGAUGGGGAAAUAAGAUCAAGUUGUCGUACUGCUCCGACAGAUUUAGUUUUCAUCUUAGAUGGCUCUUACAGUGUUGGCCCAGAAAACUUCGAAAUAGUGAAAAAGUGGCUUGUCAAUAUCACAAAAAACUUUGACAUAGGACCGAAGUUUAUUCAGGUUGGUGUGGUCCAGUAUAGUGACUACCCUGUAUUGGAGAUUCCUCUUGGAAGUCAUGAUUCAGGAGAGAAUUUGAUGGCAGCAGUGGAAUCCAUACAUUACCUGGGUGGAAACACAAGAACUGGAAAGGCCAUCCAGUUUGCACUUGAUUACCUUUUUGCCAAGUCCUCACGGUUUCUGACUAAGAUAGCAGUAGUACUUACAGAUGGUAAAUCCCAAGAUGAAGUUAAAGAUGCAGCAGAAGCAGCAAGAGACAGUAAAAUAACAUUAUUUGCUAUUGGUGUUGGUUCAGAAACAGAAGAUGCAGAACUUAGAGCAAUUGCCAAUAAGCCUUCAUCUACUUAUGUGUUUUAUGUGGAAGACUAUAUUGCAAUAUCCAAAAUAAGGGAGGUGAUGAAGCAGAAACUUUGUGAAGAAUCUGUUUGUCCAACACGAAUUCCAGUGGCAGCUCGCGAUGAGAAAGGGUUUGAUAUUCUUUUAGGCGUGGGUGUAAAGAAAAAGGUUAAGAAAAGAAUCCUGCUUUCACCAACAAAGAUAAAAGGAUAUGAAGUGACAUCAAAAGUUGACUUAUCAGAAUUCACAAGCAAUGUUUUCCCCGAAGGUCUUCCUCCAUCGUAUGUAUUUGUCUCCACUCAGAGAUUUAAGGUCAAGAAAAUGUGGGAUCUAUGGAGAAUUUUAACCAUUGAUGGAAGGCCACAAAUAGCAGUUACCUUAAAUGGUGUGGAUAAAACGUUACUAUUUAUAACAACCAGCAUAAUUAAUGGCUCACAAGUGGUCACUUUCGCUGACCCUCAAGUUAAGACAUUAUUUGAUGAAGGCUGGCAUCAAAUUCGUCUCUUAGUAACAGAACAAGAUGUAACUCUGUAUAUUGAUGACCAACAAAUUGAAAACAAGCCCUUACAUCCAGUUUUAGGGAUCUUCAUCAGCGGGCAAACUCAAAUCGGAAAGUAUUCUGGGAAAGAAGAAACUGUUCAGUUUGAUGUCCAGAAGUUGCGCAUCUACUGUAACCCAGAACAGAACAACCGAGAGACAGCAUGCGAGAUUCCUGGAUUUAAUGGUGAGUGCCUCAAUGGUCCCAGUGAUGUAGGUUCAACCCCAGCUCCCUGUUUCUGUCCUCCAGGAAAGCCAGGACUACAAGGCCCCAAAGGUGAACCUGGACAGCCUGGGAACCCUGGCUACCCUGGACAAUCUGGUCAAGAUGGUAAGCCUGGAUAUCAGGGAAUUGCAGGAUCACCAGGUGUCCCAGGAUCUCCAGGAGUACAAGGAGUCCCAGGACUACCAGGUUACAAAGGAGAACCAGGGAGAGACGGUGAAAAGGGUGACCGUGGACUUCCUGGUUUUCCUGGGCUUCAUGGAAUACCGGGAUUAAAGGGUGAAAUGGGCCCCAAAGGAGAUAAAGGAUCAACUGGAUUUUAUGGCAAAAAGGGUGCAAAAGGUGAAAAGGGAAAUGCUGGAUUUCCUGGCCUUCCUGGACGUGUUGGAGAACCAGGAAGACAUGGAAAGGAUGGAUUAAUGGGUAGUCCUGGUUACAAGGGAGAAGCAGGACCUCCAGGUGCUCCAGGUCAGGAUGGAUCACGAGGAGAGCCUGGAAUGCCAGGAUUUCCUGGAAACCAAGGAUUAAUGGGACAGAAAGGAGACAUUGGGCCUCCAGGACCACUAGGAAAGAAAGGAGCUCCAGGGAUUCCUGGUUUGAUGGGACAUGAUGGCUCGCCUGGUCAGCCUGGAACACCAGGAUCUAAGGGAAAUAAAGGUGAACCUGGACUUCAAGGGAUGCCUGGGGCUUCUGGACUAAAGGGAGAACAAGGAGCAGUAGGUCCCGCAGGAGAACCAGGGUACCUGGGUUUGCCUGGAAUUCAAGGGAAAAAGGGGGACAAAGGAAGUCAAGGUGAAAGAGGCAUUCAGGGCCAAAAGGGAGAAAAUGGAAGACAAGGGAUCCCAGGGCAACAGGGAAUUCAAGGCCAUCAUGGUGCAAAAGGAGAGAGAGGUGAAAAGGGAGAGCCUGGUGUCAGAGGUGCCACUGGACCAAAAGGAGAGUCUGGGGUGGACGGCCUGAUGGGGCCUGUGGGUCCCCAGGGGCAGCGUGGGGAAGCGGGUCCUCAGGGACCUCCAGGAUUGGAUGGGAAACCCGGGAGAGAAUUUUCAGAACAGUUUAUUCGACAAGUUUGCACUGAUGUAUUAAGAGCUCAGCUACCAGUCUUACUUCAGAGUGGAAGAAUUCAAAAUUGUGAUCAUUGCCAGUCCCAACACGGUUCCCCUGGCAUUCCUGGGCCACCUGGUCCCAUAGGCCCGGAAGGUCCUCGAGGAUUUCCUGGUUUGCCAGGAAGAGAUGGUGUUCCUGGGUUAGUGGGUGCUCCUGGACGUCCAGGUGCCAGAGGAUUAAAAGGUCUACCAGGAAGAAAUGGGGCAAAAGGGAACCAAGGGUUUGGGUACCCCGGAGAACAAGGUCCUCCUGGUCCCCCAGGUCCAGAGGGCCCUCCUGGAAUAAGCAAAGAAGGUCCUCCAGGAGACCCAGGUCUCCCAGGCAAAGAUGGAGAUCAUGGAAAACCCGGAAUCCAAGGGCAACCAGGACCCCCUGGCAUCUGCGAUCCAUCGCUAUGUUUUAGUGUGAUUGUCGGAAGAGAUCCAUUUAGAAAAGGACCAAACUAUUAGUGUCUGAUGCCUCAUUCAGCAACCUAGGCAUGGUGCUUUUCUCUUAUGGUCUUUUGCAUCUCAGGAAGAUAACAACAGUAAUCCCUUGAAAAGAAACUAAAGUACCUCGGUGUUUUUAUUAUUAUUUUUUUCUUAAGGAAAAAUAUAUAAAAGAUCACAUAUACUGAUUCUAGAGACUGCAGUAAUUCAAGAGCCUUUAGAUUAGUAGCAUUAACUAAAUCUCAAGGGUUUCUUGUAAGUCCAUUUAUUUUUAUCAAAGUUGAAUCUUAACCCACCAUUGCCUGUUACCAGUCAAUUUCAGUCACUGUGAAAUAUUUCACAUUCACCCUCCAUGCAGCAGAGUAUUUGAGUUCAAUUUCAUGUCUGUGUGAAUUUCAUGUUUCAUAUCUCAUAGCACAUGCUUGUCACAUUAGCCAACACAUGUCUGGUGUCGUUGGAAAGAACAUCAGGGCUGACACUCGGCUAGGACCGACUGUGUUGCCCCACCAGCCAUUUACUCCAGUGUCUGUCCUAAUUGGGGAGGGACGGUGGACUGGUGGGCUUUCAGGGUUUUGAAUGAUCACCUCUGAAUGAGAUGAAAGUGUUUCUUAAGUACAUGUGCAAAUCCUCAAAUUAUCCUAAGAGACAGUAUUGAUUACAUGGGGAAUGGUCAAAAUUGUGUCACGUUAAAAAUAUGUUAGAAAAAAGUUUCACGGUACCUGGUCAGUAUGUUCCAAGGAAUUGCAGGUGGUUCAGGAAUGCUAAAAAGACUUCAUUCUUCACAUUUGCUUAGUAAUUGGAAUGUUUGUUGUAUGCCUUCAUCUUCCAUUUCGCUUAUUAUGUGUGUAUGUUCCUAUAUGUUAACUUUGAUUUGUAGCAAAGCUAAUGGGAAUAAAUGCUCUAGUCGAAAGGAAAGAUAACUCCACAGCUCCUAGUAUGUGUUGAUAUUUUUAGCAGACUUUAAAAUAUUAUGAACAGUCUUUGUGUACUGUACUUACUGCUUUUGUAAGGAACAUGUUUGAGAUAUUUCAUCCUAAUCAUGCUCUAAAUUUUGUUACAUGCUUGUUACUCAAAGUACAAUAAAGUUUUGUACAGGCC